AUGUUCAAGGCAAAGAAUUUUAAGAAGGAGGAAAACAAUCAACCAGAAAGACCUGCUCUCUCUGCUUUGUGUUUAAUGUUUUCAGUUUUUCUCACACGUAGCAUGAGUCAGAACACUGGCAGACUCUAUCUGCAGAUCAAAGUACCCGCUCCGGAGACAACUGAAAUAGACUUGGAUGGAGGAAUUGAUCAAGACAUUUUUGACAUCAAUGAAGCUUUAGGACUGAACCUUUUUGAGGGAGAUAUCAAGCUUGAUAGGGUGAGUGAACGAAACUCCAUCAUUGGCGACGAGUAUCGGUGGCCCCACACUAUUCCCUAUGUCCUCGAAGACAGCCUGGAAAUGAAUGCUAAGGGGCUCAUCCUCAAGGCAUUUGAGCAGUAUCGACUGAAAACCUGUAUUGACUUCAAACCUUGGGAAGGAGAAAAGAAUUAUAUAUCUGUGUUCAAAGGAAGUGGUUGCUGGUCCUCAGUAGGAAACCGCCAACAGGGGCUGCAGCAGCUUUCAAUCGGAGCCAACUGUGACCGAAUCGGGACGAUUCAGCACGAGUUCCUGCACGCUCUGGGGUUCUGGCACGAGCAGUCACGGUCCGAUCGGGACGACUACGUGUCAAUAGCGUGGGACAGAAUUCAGUCUGGCAAAGAACAUAAUUUCAAUAAAUAUGAUGAUAAAACAUCAGAUUCCCUAAACGUUCCCUACGACUAUACUUCUGUGAUGCACUACAGCAAAACUGCAUUCAUGAAUGGGACUGAACCAACCAUCGUGACGAACAUACCAGACUUCAUGGAUGUAAUUGGACAGCGAAUGGAUUUCAGUGAUUAUGAUCUCCAAAAACUGAAUCAUCUGUACAACUGCUCUUCCUCCCUAAGCUUCAUGGACACGUGCAGCUUUGAACUUGAGAAUAUAUGUGGUAUGAUUCAAAGUUCAGAUGAUAACAGUGACUGGCAGCGCUUGUCUCAGGUUCCUGCUGGGCCAAAUACUGAUCAUACCAAUAUGGGAGAAUGUGAAGCUUCUGGCUACUUCAUGCAUUUCAAUACCAGCACUGUAAGAGAGGGAAGCACAGCUGUCCUGGAGAGCCGAAUUCUGUAUCCCAAGAGAGGCUUCCAGUGCCUGCAGUUCUACCUCUACCACAGUGGGCAUGAAAGCGACCAGCUCUACGUCUGGGUCCGGGAGUACACCUCGGCUCAUCCCAAUGGUACCCUGAGACUCAUUGAAGAAAUAAGAGGUUCACCUGCGGACUACUGGCAGCUCCAUCAUGUUUCUUUGAAUGUCACCAGUAAAUUCCGAUUCCUGUUUCAAGGCGUGAGGGGAACUGGCUGGUCAAACGGAGGCCUCUCUAUUGAUGAUAUCAAUUUGUCAGAGACGCAGUGUCCUCACCACGUCUGGCAUAUCAGGAAUUUCACGCAUCUCCUCGACACAAGUUCUGAAGGGACGGCAGGAAGAAUAUACAGUCCACCUUUUUACUCUAGCGAAGGAUAUGCUUUCCAGGUCGGUUUGUAUGUAAAUGGUACGGUUGAUAGCCCAUUUAAUUUGGCAAUCUACCUGCACUUGAUUUCUGGAGCAAACGAUGAUCGGUUGCAAUGGCCCUGCGCAUGGCUGCAAGGUACCAUGAUUCUGCUGGACCAGCAUCCUGAUAUUCGUCAACGGAUGUCAAACCAAAGAAGUGUAACCACAGAUCCACUAAAAUUAUUAGAUUCUACAUCAAAUUAUUUUUGGGAUAGACCAGACAAAGUGGGAUCAAAGGCUUAUUUUCCCAAUGGAACUGCAUUCAUGAGAGGUCCAGGAAGUGGAACAAGUGCGUUCUUAACUCAUCAGAGACUUAGAAGCCGCAACUUUAUUAAAGAAGAUGGUGUUUAUAUUCUUUUAACAACAGAAGAUAUAUCACAUCUACUGUCAGCUCAGCCAAGUGUUUCACCUACCUUUUUUACGAAUACUUCCAAUGUCAACACCAUCAAGCCUACCUCCACUACCACCACCAAGCCCACCACCACCGCCAAGCCCACCACCACCGCCAAGCCCACCACUAGACCUACUACCACCACAAGAGCCACCACAACAACCUCUGUCAUCCUAACUAAACCCCCAGAAAUAGAUAUUGUGGAUUCCUGUCCAGACAACCUUUGUGAAAAUGAUGGUAUCUGCAUUAUUGUAGAUAAAGCACCUGUGUGCAGAUGUCCAGCAGGUGAUGAUUGGUGGUACAUGGGAGAAAAGUGUGAAAGGAAAGGCUCAACUCAAGAAAAUAUUGUAAUAGCUGUUUCUUCAACCAUAACUGUAUUUGUUGUUAUGCUUAUUGUCACUAUCACAAGUAUAGUGUGCCUUAAAAAGAAAUACAGCCAAGGAAAGGAAAACAAGGAGAGCUUUACUCUAGAAGAAAGUAAAACAUCCUUCUGAAAAUACUGAAAGCAAGCACCAAAGACU